GAGAAUGAAUCUUUUACCGCACAGUUAGGUCUUAAAAGUGAUGUGGGAGAAAGAAAUGGAGUUAGGGAAGACAUUGUACCAGCAACUGCACAAGCUUUCUGCAAUUAAGUCCGAAGAAGACCUCGAACAAAUACUUGUAAUACUCUGGGCUUCCCGGAAAACUGGUCUUUCUCUUCCUCAGAAAUCACAUUUCCAGUCUUUGCUCAAUCUUCCUUCAACUGCCGAAGUCGACCUUGUUUUGGCAUGCCUUCGUUCACUUAUCAGAAAAUGUAGUCGUGAGAACUUGUCUGGUGAUGACCUUUUGAAGCUAUUCCCUCCUGAUCUAUCUCUUGAUCUGCAAGACAUUCUUAUCUUGCAAAUUCAGAAGCACCAGAACAGCUGGAAUGAAGAAGUGUCUAAGGAAAAGAAUCUAUUGCCAAGGGCCGAAGCCUCCCUCCAUGUCAAUGAAGUUCUGUUAUCUUCUUUCAUGUCUUCCCUCUCAGAUAAUAUUCUACCUUUUCGGCAAGAUAAUGCAGUUAACAGAUUCAUUAACAAGAAUAUGGAGAUUCCUAUGCCAAUCAUUGAUGAGACUAAUGUGACACACUUAGCUUCCAUCCCUCUCCAACAUGAUGUUGGUCCUUCAGAUGAUCAGGGAAGUUUACCUCUACUCAAAUCAAUGACAUGGACUGUGGAGAAUCAGAACGACGAACCCGCUAACAGACUGGCUAUAAUUUGUCUUAAGCUUCAGGAUUAUUCCCUUUCUCCUUCAGGCGAAACGGAGGUGAAGUUUCAGCUUACUAAAGACUCUCUUGAAGCUAUGCUGAAAUCACUAGCAUGCAUGCAUUCUCUACCAUGUUGAAGAAACACAAUUCAAAACCAUAGGCAGUUAUGAGAACUUUGUUAUGGAGCACUAGAUAUAUGCAUAUUUGGUCAAGGUGUGGAGUGUCCUUGUUGAGCAUUUGGGCACAUUCCAGAUUGAAAUCCAUUGAAAAUUUCGUUUGGGUUUCUAUCCUAUUGUAUUCCAACUUUUUUUCAUAUUGAACUGUUUUUUCACACCCAUCUAUGUAAAUACCGCGUGUAUUGGAUGGUUUUUCUAUGAAAUUUUU